UGCAGAUCUACAUCUCACAUCACUUCCCAGCUGGUCAAAUCCCCUCCCUUCCCUUAUACUUACUGGUUCAGAAGACUAGCUUAGAACUCGUUGAUUCACUACUAGGCGGAUCUCCAGCCAGGGGUACCCUAUGGAUCACCGUGGUAGUAUAACAGAAAUUGAGCUGGAGUGCAUGCUACUUGAUGAAAAUGCAGAGCCCAUGGCCCUGCCAUUCCCACUUUUGGAGAAAAUCACACAUAAUUUUUCUGAUAAGUUGGAAAUUGGAAGAGGUGGCUUUGCAGUGGUUUAUAAGGCAAUGCUUGAGAAUGAGGCCGUUGCUAUAAAGAGGUUGUCCAAUACGUAUAUGUAUGAGAAAGAAUUCCAGCGAGAGGUCGAAUGUCUGAUCAAGGCAAAGCACAAAAACAUCGUACGGUUUCUGGGAUAUUGUGCUGACACACAAGGAAAUAUGGAAAGCUACAAUGGGAAAAUGGUUAUGGCGGAUGUACAACAAAGAUUGCUAUGCUUUGAGUAUCUACCUAAAGGAAGUCUUGAUGGCUAUAUUACAGAUUCAUCCAAAAAACUUGAGUGGAGAAAGUGCUACAAAGUAAUCAAAGGGAUAUGCGAAGGGUUAAAUUAUCUUCACCAAACAAAAAUUCUGCAUUUAGAUCUAAAACCUGGAAAUAUAUUAUUGGGUGGAGAUAUGAUGCCAAAAAUUACUGACUUUGGGCUAUCAAGGUGUUUCGAGGAAGACCAAACACGGGUGGUUACUAAAAAUGUGGGUGGAACAAUGGGAUAUUUGGCACCGGAAUUCUGUAGUGGUGAAAUCACACACAAGUUUGACUUAUAUAGUCUUGGUGUUAUAAUUAUAGAGAUGUUGACUGGAAAGAAGGGGUAUCAAACUAUCGAGAAUGUACUUGCAAUCUGGAAUAAUGCAAUGUUGGAUACAUUGCAGUGGGAACAAAUUCGAGUAUGCGCGGAGAUAGGGAUAGAGUGCAUAGAAGUUGACCCAUCAAAGAGACCAGCUAGUAUGAAGCAUAUAAUUGAUAGGCUUGCUGAACUAGAAUGUAGUACAGGGGCAAGCGAUCUUCUUCUCCUUCAGCAGUUUGUUCUUUGCUUCCCCUUUGAGCCGAACAAGGCUAUCACGUGCCCGUUGCAGCUAACAAAUAACACCGACAAACAUGUUGUGUUCGGGCUUAUGGACAAGAGCAUGGGGCCCUCCUUCCUAAGGCUGCCAUUAUACGGCUUUGUGCCACCUAACACCCCAUACACUCUCAUGGUGACAACACAAGAGAAGGAAGAUCGACCACGAAAGUAUAUCAUAGAUGUGAUCCUCCACAGUGCUACACUAAUAUUGGGGGAUGAUGAGCAUAUAAAAACUUUCCAAAACCAACCAGAUAGGUUUUUUCGAGAGAUGGGGAAUGCAGUGCGGGAGGUGAAACUGAAAGCACUUUAUACACUGCCACGACACAAUGCAACAUUGCCGUCUAAGCCAACCUCACCCUCAAGCAAGAUAAUCUUAUGCAAUAAAAAUCCAUAUGGCAAUCACCUGGCUUCCUUGGACAUGGACCAGUGCAAGCAACGGAUAAUAAUCGGAAAUAAGAAUGGACAUGUUCAAAUUUGGGACUAUCGAACCCAGAGAAAAAAGGAUUCGAUUAGAGUCUCAGCGACAUAUGAAAUUAAGUGUGUUAAAUUUAUUGCAAGAAAGCAAUGGAUUGUUGUUGGGACAAACAUUGGUAACAUCUAUGUGUAUGACUAUGAAAAAAUGCAAAAGAUUGCAAGUUUUAGAGUUGGCAGAUUUCAGGAACUUAAGUCACUGGCCGUUCAUCCAACCCAUCCGUAUUUGCUGUCAGCGGGUACAAACCUGAAACUUUGGAACUGGGACAAGCGUUGGGAGUGCGUACAGACAUUUGAGCUUGAAAAACUGCGACAUGUUGCAUUUAGCCAAAAUGACACCUUUGCGGCUAGUAGUGAUUCAGAAGAUUACACUGUGACGGUUGGGAGUCUUGGUUCUCCCAAAUCUAACUGCAUUCUCUUUGGGCAUUCGGACAAAGUGAAGUGCUUGGACUUUUUCACAUACCACAAUCAAGAGUUUUUGGUUACGGGCUCAAAUGACAAGACUGCCAAGAUAUGGUAUUUGCGGGAAAAGAUAUGUGCAUAUACACUUAGAGUUUUUGAAUCUCCGGUUACGUCUGUCCUGUACCAAUCCAAUCUUGAGAUUCUACUUACAGGUUCAAAAGAUGGUGCUAUUUAUUUUUGGAGCACCACAGAUUGCAGGAUAUAUUCAUGCCCCCCAAUGCUUAAAAGAAUCAUCAAGACUGGUUGUGAUGGAGCUAUCUACCAUCUCGCAUGUGCGAUGGGAAGGGUUGUGAUUGGAAAAAAACACACAGUAGCAAUUAUGGAUUUUGAGAAUGUGAAUUAUGAGAAGGAAUCAAUAGAUUAUGGUGAGAAGCAGUUAAGUGCAGAUACGAGACAACAAGCUGGAGACACAAUGUCUAAGCAGGAAAUCUCAGGGUCCAUCAGUCAGCUACCGAUACUCGACGUCCAUCCGCCGGAAAUCCGUUUCCCCUAUCAUCCCGAGGAGCUCAUCCCGUGCUCACUGCACCUAACAAACAACACAGAUGAGAAUGUGGCAUUUAGACUUGUAGACAGGAGCGGCAAGUCCCCAUGGUGCUUCACAAAGUUGCCGUUGUAUGGAAUUUUGUCUCGUAGAUCCACUUACAAUUUGAUUGUGACAACAAAAGAGGAGAUGAAGCUAAAGGAAGAGAAAGACUUUGAUCUCGUUAUUCAGAGCAAUUUAUUGCGAGACAAGCACAUAAGCUUAUUCAAAGACCAGUCUGAGUUUGAUCAGUAUUUCGAGGAAGCCAAAGAGUUUGGGAAUAUGGUGCAUGAGGUCAAACUGAAAGUUAUUUAUGUGAAGUACAGAGAGAUUACAUACGAGGACACAACGGUGAAGUAUAAUCCUGAUAAUGUGUGUUGCCUAGAUGCACAUCCAACAGAGCCAUGGAUUUUAACAGGUCAUUGUAGUGGGUAUGCUCACGCAUGGAACCAUGAGAUGAAGUACCCGAUGAAUUCGUUUGAAGUAUCAGAGUAUUAUACAGUCAGCUGCGUCAAAUUUAUUGCAAGGAUGAAAUGGAUUGUUGCUAUGACACCUCCUGGUAACCUCCAUGUGUACGACUGUGCGUGCGUAACAAAUAUCGAAAAUAUCACGACUAUUGAACCUAGUAAUUUUACAACCGCUCCAAUACUGGCUGUUCAUCCAAGCAUGCCGUAUGUGUUGUCACCAGACACAGUGCUUUUGGACUGGGAGCUGAGGUGGAUGCGCACACAAACAUUCCGCCUUGGCUUAAUGACAGUCGCAUUUAACCCCUGGGACGCCUACAGUUUUGCAAGUGGGUCUUUGGAUGGCUAUGUAGAGGUUUGGAGGCUUGAUUCUUCCGACCCUGAAUAUUUUUUGCCUGGGCAUAUGGAUGUUGUCAACUGCCUUGAUUUUAUCACACGUGGAGAUCAACAGUAUGUGAUCACUGGCUCUGAAGAUUGCACUGCCAAGAUCUGGGACUUGCAGAAAAGGGAGUGCAUUCGUACGCUGGAAGCUACGUCUCCAGUGCUUUGUGUCCUUGUCCAUCCAUACUUUCCACUUCUAAUUAUAGGAGCAGCACAUGGCAUCAUUCAGUUGUGGAGCUCCAUUGAUUUCAGGCUUAAGAGAACCAUUAACUUAGGCGGCGGCGGGCCUGUUGUCGGCCUCGCAUGUUUGAGUGGUUCAAGGAUUCUGAUUGGGCAAAAGAAUGCCAUAGUUACUAUGGACCUCUGCGAAAGCUGGGGCGUAACAUCCGACGAGUCAUCAGAGACACCUAACGAGUGGUCAGAGACAUCCGAGGAGUGCCCAGAGCUUGAAGAGCACACCGUUUCUUCUAGAGAAGAGAACCCCAUUGUUGGAAGAGGGGUGAAGGCCAUGACCCCGGCUACCACUACGGUUCACCAAGGCGACAAGGAAGGGGGAGUUGGCUCAACCCAGCCCAAGAGGCAAAGGCUCAGCUAGCGCUUUGAUCUGGGAGAUCCCACAACUACAGUAAGGUACCUGUUACCUCUUGUAGAAUAUGACUGUAAGUUGAAGUCAAAGGCACCAAAAAUUGAAACGAAUUGGAUGUAUCUGUUGCUCAUAUGGCUGAAUUAGCAUGAUCAUAUACUAUUUAA